CAAAGAGCCACAUCCGAUGGGGGAGGACCGACCGACGCACGGAGAUGCACGGGACAAGCUGCACCAGCGAGCAGGGGAUGAAUUUGAACGUGAUGCCUCUCUCCUCUGCGGCAGCGAGGGGGUCCUACACAUGGAUGAACUCGGGGAGGAGGGAGCACAGUGAGACUGUCAUGUAAGCCGUCUCCUCUGGGGCCACCUCUUGGUGCGCACUGCUUCCUGCCUUUAGGUAGAAGCGUGAGUGUUUCUGCUGCUGAGGCGUCAGACUGCUCUCACUCCUCUCCCACCCAACUGCUCUACUCUCAAAGCACCGAAAUGGAGAAGAUCUGCUCAGAGUGCUCAGAGUCAACACUUGCACAGAGUCUGUGUACACUCUGCAACAAGUGGUUGUGUUACCAGUGCACAGAUGUGCAUCAGCACCUGAGAGCCCCCGCCACAUCCCAGUGUGCAGACCUACACCAGCAGCAGCAGAGGCCCAGUGCCCCCCAGUGUCCUGAGCAGCACCAGAGAGGCUCCAGUUCCAUGCCACCGACCGGACAAGGCCCGGGGUCGUAUCCUUGUUCCCUCCUAAUGUGCCACUCUCACAGACAGGAGCCCUUGGAGCUGUUUUGUGAGUCAUGUGACCUUCUGUGCUGUAGCAGCUGUCACCUGUCCGCCCACAAAAACCACAGGGUGGUGCAGAUCGAGAAGGCCCUGCAGGAUCAGCAGUGGCUGUUUGAGAGCCUGAUGGUGCAGGUGGAAGAGAGGAGGUCUGCGGUGGAGAACAAUGCUAAACAGAUAGAGGGCAGGCUUCAUGGGGUAAAGAUUGCACACAGGAAGGCAGAGAACCAGAUUAAAAUGGCAAAGAUGAUUAUGAUGAACGAGCUUAACAAACGAGCCAACCUAUUAAUAGAGCAACUGGAGAAAAUCUCAGAGGACUUUCAGCAGCGUCUGGACGACCAGCUGCAGGGGGCGAUAGAGAUAUGUGGCCAGCUGGACCACGUUCAGAAGUUCAUCACCUGGGCUACGACCCACCACUGCAGAGGCCCGGUGCUCUUCAGCAGGGCUCUGAUUUCGCUCCAGAUGCAGCAGCUGUUGGAGCCAUCACUCCACUCAGAGUCUUGGAGUCCUGUCAAGAUCAAAUUCAACUGGGAUGCAAGUUACUGGAUGAAGCAGAUUUCCUCUUUAGGUCAGCUGACUGUAGAAGGGGGAAACUGCAUCUACCCUCAGAGUUUGUCCUGCUCCACUAUCAUGAGGCCUCAGCCAAUCACCUGCUUGGCUCUGCCGCCAGUGUUUCACAGACGAGAGCCAGGCUAUGGGUACCAGUCCUGCUGUGAGCCCCAGAUGUGUUGCCUGCACGGCCUCCCCUCUCAGCCAGAUCCUUCCAAUCUGGACAAAAGUCAAGGGGAGGCCACACUUUAUACCAGCUGUGUUCAGCCUGCUCUCAUCUCUGCCCCCCUGCACCAGACCCAGCAGCCCCAGAGGUGCUGGGACACAGAGAGCUCCUCACACCGCCCUCCCGCAACAUCACCCAUCCCAUUCAUAACACCCAUCCAGCUCACCUGCGGCCGAGGAGCCACAUCCCAACCGCAAGCCACCGACUCCCAACCCUACUCUCAGUCCAAAUCUUAUCUGUCUUAUCACCCACACCAGAGAGAAGUUCUUCCAGGCAGCCAGGCUCUGCUGAGCGCAGACUGCAGCAGGUCAGGUCAGUGUCAGGGGAAGCUGUCGAUGAGCACAGCUCUCCAGCAGGAGCUCAGCCAUGCAGCGGUGGACAGAGAUGUGAUGACUGAGGAGAGCUGGGAGGAGAGAUGCAGGGUGGAGGAGACUUGUGGCCACGCAGCAGCAGCAGGUGAAAGCAGAGAGCUGCUGGAUGAGGAGCUGCAACAGGACAGGGUUGAGCAGAGUCCUGCCCCGCAGCAGCAGCAGCAGCAGCAGCAGCAGCACUGUGUUCCUCCUGCAGCAGACAUGAGAAAAGAGCAACAGAGGACCAGACCUCUACUGACACUCAGAGACAACAGGGAUGGCAGGAGAUCUACGUCCCUGGAGGUGCCAACGACAGCCCGCGACUGUGUGUCUGACGUGCAGAGCAGCAGGCUCAGUCCUAGUUCAGUGUGCGCGAGGAGGACGCGGCGCUCCCAGAGCAUCCCAGCAGAACUGGCAGCCCCGUCCACCAGCCCAAUCACCGAAAGGCCCACAGGAUGCACCCACAUCCCAGAGACUGGAAAUAAGUAUGCUAGUGUGGAUCCCAGACAGAGGAGAGCGUCAGAUGGCGUGCUUUGUGUUGUCAAGGAAACUUCGUCUGACAUGGCCUUGCCCAGAAGCCACCGUUCUCCUCUACUGUCCUAUAAGACAGAGCCAGAUCAUUGUUUUACUUAUGUAAAUGAAGAGAUUGAUUGUGAGGCCAAGGAGAAGUGCAGGGUGUCAAGAAAUGGCUACAACAGUAACAGGGAUGUUCAGAAGGACUCAGCAAGGCCCAGGGUUCCAGUGGUUUGCUUAGAGCGUCUGAAAAUACUGGUCUCUCAGCUCCCUCCACACGGCCGACGGCAGAGUGACCCUUUGCCCGCUAGCUCGAUGGAGAAGAGUGAAACUCUCCCACAGCAGAAAUUCUGGCACGAUGCAAGGACUCAAAGGUUAGCUGGAGGCUCUGAGACCAGGAGGACCACCCGCUUACUUACAGCACCACUGUAUGCUGCAGAGCGGCAAAUUCGCAAUCAGUCAACCACACAGUCAAUCAACAGCGAGUUUGAGAGCCGAGGGAGAUUCAGCUCUCGUAAGGCAUCCACACCUCCCUCCACAGACCCGGAAUAUGGUCCGCAGAUUUACUCCGCACUGGAUCUGGACUCCGACUCUUAUCUCAAAUCAUUGUCAGAGGACGCAGCCAUGUCUCCCGCUGAUCCGGACCCACAGGUAGACUCAGAUACAUCACCACCUGAUUCUGACCCAAACGCAGAGUCAUCAUUUGAGGCUGAACUUGGAUAUCUGGCUGAGGAGAAAUCAGAGGCUGCGGGUGAGAUGGGGCUCUGCAGUGAAAGAGAUAUCGCGGGGGGUUCAGAGCCAAGUCUUGAAUAUGACGAGGAUCCUGAAUCAGAGGGAGAGUUGGGAUCAGAGGACGGCCAAGGGCUGGACGCUGACGCAGAAACCGAGUCUGAUGUUCAGCCUGAGGAGUUUCCCCGUUUCCAGGUUGAGACAGACUCUAACGUAGGGUUCGAUCAGCCUCCAGACUCUCAGGGCUCUGUGGAGUCAGAGCUUGACGUUGAAUCGGAGGCUGAAUUUACAACUGACGACCCGCAGCCACUUCGCUCUGAUCUGGAGGAGGAGUCAUUCCCCAUCGGACCGGGUCAGAGGUCACUUCUGAUUGCAAACCCAGGUCCUCUCAGGGGGACUGGGGACAUCCAGUCCGAGCAGGACGAGAUGGAGAGUGAAGACUUCUGUGCCGUGUGUCUGAUCGGAGGCGACCUGCUGUGCUGUGACCGCUGUCCGAAAGUCUUUCAUCUGUCCUGUCAUGUCCCAUCUCUGCUGACAUUCCCCACAGGCGACUGGGUGUGCAGCCUGUGUAGAGAUGCUGUGCAGCCAGAGGUUGAAUACGACUGUGAGAACGAGAGAACAUCUGGAGAACACACGCUGACACACGGACUGUCUGCAAGUGACCAGAGAAAAUGUGAGGGGCUGACUCUUCUGAUCCUCAGUAACGUCCUGAGCGCUCCCUUCCACGAGCCCGUCAGUCCACUCGCUCGUCAUUAUUACCAGAUCAUCAAGAGGCCAAUGGACCUGUCUGUGAUCAGAGCGAAACUCCAAAAGAGGAACGCUCGCCAUUAUAACUCAGCGGAUCAGUUUGUCGCUGAUUUCUAUCUCAUGUUCCGCAACUGUGCAAAGUUCAAUUACCCUGACUCAGAGGUGGCCCAGGCAGGCCGCAGCCUUGUGGCGUUUUUCACCUCCAAGCUGAAGGAAGUUUUCCCAGACAGAGUUUUCCCUGCGGUGGAGGCGGACUCUGACAGCGACGAGUACGAUGAGGCGUACAGAACCGCUGAGGGUGGUUUCCCCUGGCCCGAGAGGAGGGAGCAGUGUCACAGGAAGAGGAAGAGGAGACACUCGCUCAAGUCGAGGAGAAAUCACUUCUAACCAGAGAUGAAUGGACGGCAGCCACAAACACAAUUAUGCUAUUAGUGUUUAAUUAUACUUUUUUUUUUAAUUGAGCAGCUCGUUGGGCUGUAACAUUGUUUCCAUUCUGUAAUCUGAAAGUACCAAUUUUGGGGGUUUGCAGUAAUUUCACAGUGCUGAUGGCUUCUGGGACUCGGCGGAGUUAUGCGUUUUUCUGAGUACCAGUGUAUUUAGGACAUUAAUGAUUUGCUGCUGAUGCACUGGACAUUUCUUACUGUGUUUACAAUGAGUUUAUGUUACUGUAUAUGCCAUGUACAUUGUACACAGACGAUGCUGUAGUUGGAUGUUCAUGAAUCUCACUUUGCAUCUUUAUUGAGUGGAAUGUUUUUGAGCACUUUGAAACUUUGAUAUUAGUCAGUUCUGUAUUUAUUCGUAAAUGUUCAACAUAUUUAUACGCGUGUAACUGUACAGAACUUUAUUUUACUAUCAUAGGUUUGAUAUAGAUGAUAUACGAUCGUAUAAUUAUGUGUCUUAGUAGCAUUUAGUAGCAGUGAAUCCUGAGCGAGUGAGAAAAGUAUAACUGGUGAUGAGCUCAACAGGUUUUGUAUUGUCUUGUGUGUCGGGGGAUUUACUGAAAUAUCUAGAUUAAACCAUACCAGACAAUUUAAGUUUGGCUUUUAACCAUGAUUCAAUUUGUGUAUUCGUUACAUAACUCCUCUGAUAUCUAAAUAUCUCAGGCUGAAUAAGAGGGUAGGGUAUUGAUAUCAUACAGUAUGGAUAAUUUAAAAAACUUUGUAGAGCAAGACAGUUGAAAGGAAAUGAGUCAUUUUAUACUACAAUGCCGUUGAGCAUUUCCUGUUUUUAAAUCUUUAUCUGCUUCCUACUGCUUAAGUUAGAAUCAAUUUGAU